AUGGGAGAAAAAAGCUAUAAGACUAUUAGAAUACUAUCACAAUUACUAGCAACAGUAGUUAUUGUAUUUAACAUAUAUAUAAUUACAUUAAACGCAUAUAACUACAGAUUGAGGGAAUUGGAAAAAAGAAUUAUGAAAGAAAACAACAUAGUUCAUUUUGACACAAGUAUAUUAGUUGUGGGAAUGAACCUUAUAGUUUUGAUAUUUGGGAAUUUUACUGUAACAACUAAAAGUAAGUGUCUUAUAGAAACAUACUGUUCUUUCAUUUACUACUACAAUAUAUUCAUAGCACUUUUCUGUGCUUAUAUUUUAAGUCUCUAUAAAAUUGAUUUUGCUAGUAAAGCAUCACAAGCAAUAAGACCAACAGAUACAACUAACACUUUAUUAAGAACUCAUUUUAAUGAAAACCCUAAUGGGAAUGUUAUUUUUAUAUUGAAAAAUUAUAUGUUUGAGUUAUAUAACUGGACUUGUUUAGGUCACGUAUUAACACUAUGUAUUAAUUAUUUCAAUAUGUUCUUAUUUAGUUAUAUAUUAUCAAUGAAGUUAAAGAAAUCUAGAACUAGACAAACUACACAAAAUCACACAGCAGGAAUGACUGAUGAUCAAUUAAAAGUAAGAAGAGCUGUUCAAUUAACAGACUGA